AAUAAUAAUAUAGCAUAGAGUUCGUAUCGUUCGAUCGUCUGCUCCCAAAAAUUGUUUUUGUUUAAUUUUUGGUUUUUUGUCGAAAGUAUUGUGAUCAUGCCUUCCGAGAAACCGAUAAACUUUAAGGAGGUGCCCUCCGAAAUGCCACCACCGAAGCGCAUCCACCUCGAAAGCGAACGAAAGACCGUGGCCGAAGCCAUCAACUUCCUAAAGGCCCAGUGCGACACUCGCCCGCAACCGAAAAAAAAGGAGGAUGAUCCGGCCCAGGAAGGGCCGACUGUGGCCGACGAGCUAAACGCCCGCCUGGCCAUGGUCCAUGUUCGUGAGGCUCGCGCUAAGCACAUCAAACGGCUGGUCAAGUACCCUGGUCACGAAACACAAGGAUUGUAUAGGUUCAUCUGCGUCUGUCCGCGUUACCAUCCCUGCUAUGUCCCCUGCCAGCACACCGGCCAGAUCAUCAUCGACAGAGAUGUGCUGUCGCGCGAUGAGCACAUCUGCUUCCUGGCCACGCCCAAAAAGGACUUCUCCUCGCCCCAGCUGGGCAAGCAGGCGCGCUACUACACCAAGAAGAUCUUCGUCAACCAGUGCACAGCUCGUAUCGAGCGUCUGGCCGAUCCACAUCCGAAACGAGUUAUGGACACCUUUAACUUGUUCAGAGAGGUGCUCGAGCCACGGCAACUGGCCGCCCUAGAGAAUCAGAUGAAGCCCAAGCCCCCAGUGGAGGCCAUGACCAUGGAAAAGGCCGUGGAGUACAUGGAGGAGGAGAUGCGCCAGAGACGAGCGGCCAAGCGUGUGCACCAACGACGCUGCAAGGGUCUCAAGAAGCGCAUCCUGCAGCGUCAACGCAAGCAAAUGCAGAAGAUCAUCUGUGUCCUGUUUGAGGAAAUGAAGGAUUUCCUUCUGAACGAUCAGUUCAUUGUGGACGAGAAUUCGCCACUAUGUUGUGUCAUCCUGGAGCGUCUAAGGGAGUUUACAGAUCAAGAGUUCUAUACCACCAGUAACCUACGCGAAUACCAAAGGAUAUUGGCCAACAACCUAACCGUUUGGAUCAACAAGUUCAUCUCGAACUUGAACAUCUACUUGGCGCCACAACAGAUACCUGUCCAGCGCCCAAUGAUGGGAGAGGACGAUCCCGAACAGUUUGUGCCCCUGUCGGAUUACAUAUCUGUGUCGGAUAUCCCCGAAGAGGAGGAGAUGUGCGAAAUGGAAGGCGGAUAUGGCGAGUUCGACGACUAUGGCUAUGGCGAGGACUACUUGCCAGACGUCUUGGACGACACCGGCUCGGAGGAGACCCUGAUUGCUUAGAAGAACUCACCCUUCAACU